AAGUUUCAGUCAUUUCCGGUUUGUUAGCUUCACGUUUGUGUGUGACACAUUCAAACUGAAUCUUUUCUUAUUAAAUCCCAAUAAUUAUCAACAACUGGAAUAAAGACUCGUGUGUAAAAUUGAAAUAUCAUCAAAUAUCAAAAUGUCCAACUAUAAGCCAAUUGACGCAAAACGAGAAGAAUUUCGCAAAUACCUGGAACAUGCAGGUGUGAUGGAUGCUCUGACAAAAGUUCUCGUUUCCUUAUAUGAGGAAACUGAUAAACCCGAAGACGCCUUAGAAUAUGUACGAAAACAUUUGGGCGGCAUAACAGAAUCUACCUCGGAAGUGGAAAACCUCAAAAAAGAAUUGGACGAAGCCAAUGCAAAAGUAACGGAAUUAACAACAAAAUUGGUAAAAUUUGAAUCAGAACCGGGACAGGAAUAACUUUUUUCUAAUAUUUAGAAUUUUUUUGUACUAGUCCUAAACUCGUCAUUAAGUUAAACAAAAAAAAAAAAAAAAAAUUAGAGAUACGUCAUGACUGUGCCUUCAAAUUGAUCUAGUGUUAAGUAUCAAAUACGAACAUUAAAA